ACAAACCCGACAAACUGAAGUCGUACACAGAGCACGACAGGACAUUUCCAUCUGGUGCAGAGGUCAACAUCUUUUAGAACGGGGGAAGGCAGCAUAUGUUGUUCAAUAGAUAGAGGUCGAUAGGAUUGAUUGAUGAGUUUAUUUUGUCAUGAACCGGGCAGUAAUGCCUUUGAUCCACUGCGACAUUUACGAAUAAUUCCCUUUGCAUACAGCACGGUGCUAGAAGAUGGCGGAGUCAGAUGGUGGGGAUUUCGCCUCGAAUCGUCCACAGAACAGCGCACGUGACGUGGGCGGUGUUUUCAGCAUGUUACACACAGGUGUUCCAGCAGGCUAUAUAGCUAAUUAGCACAGGUUGUCGCCUCUGUCUUCCGUAAAACAAGCACUGUAACAUGGAGAUAUGGCCGUGUGGGAACACUAACCCUAUAAAGUAUGGCUAACAAGAAUAGCUCCCUGCGUUGCACGUUCUCAGCCCCAAGCCAUAGCGCCACUCUCCUACAGGGCUUGUCGGUCCUGCGAGCCCAGGGGCAGCUCCUGGAUGUGGUGCUGGCCAUCAAUGAGGAGCGCUUCCAGGUUCACAAGGCAGUGCUGGCCUCCUGCAGUGACUACUUCAGACGGAGUUCAAAAGAGAACACACAGAAGGCUGUCUCCGGAUUACAUCUUCAAACUAAGGGCAACUAUGGCAUCUGUGACAGAGAGGGAGAAGCGUCCAUCCAUGUAUACGGAGCCAUGUUCACUGGAGGCAUGAGGGAGUCAAACCAGGAAACCAUUGAGCUGAAGGGCUUGUCUGCCCGCGGCCUGAAACACAUAAUUGACUUUGCCUACAGCGCAGAGGUCACGCUUGACCUGGACUGCAUUCAAGACGUAUUGGGAGCAGCAGUCUUUCUACAGAUGGUCCCAGUCGUUGACCUCUGCGAAGAAUUCCUCAAGUCGGCUAUGAGCGUAGAGACCUGCCUGAACAUCGGCCAGAUGGCCACCACCUUCAACCUGACCUCCCUCAAGGAGUCUGUGGACACCUUCACCUUCCGCCACUUCCUGCAGAUUGCCGAGGAGGAAGACUUCCUGCACAUCCCCAUGGAGCGCCUGGUCUUCUUCCUACAGAGCAACAAGCUGAAGAACUGCAGCGAGAUUGACCUGUUCCACGCUGCCAUCCGCUGGCUGCAGCACGAUGAGGCCCGCCGAGCCGGUGUAAACGAGGUCCUCUGCCACGUGCGAUUCCCCCUCAUGCCCUCCUCGGAGCUGGUGGACAGCGUGCAGACGGUGGACAUCAUGGUGGAGGACGUGUUGUGCAGGCAGUACCUCCUGGAGGCCUUCAACUACCAGAUCCUCCCGUUCCGUCAGCACAAGAUGCAGUCCCCGCGGACCGUGAUCCGCUCCGACGUGGUUUCGCUAAUUACCUUUGGCGGGACACCCUACACUGACAACGAUCGCACUGUGAGCAGUAAGGUGUUCUAUCUCCCAGACAUUGCAGCGCGUCAGUUCAAGGAACUAACGGAGAUGGAGACAGGAUCCAGCCACGCCUGUGUAUCAGUGCUGGACAACUUUGUGUACGUAGUCGGCGGGCAGCACCUGCAAUACCGCAGCGGUGAAGGGGCAGUGGACAUCUGCUUCCGUUACGACCCACACCUGAGCAAAUGGCUGCGUAUCCAGCCAAUGCAGGAGGGGCGUAUUCAGUUCCACCUCAACGCUCUUCAAGGACAACUCUACGCCACUGGGGGGCGCAACCGCUCUGGAAGUCUGUCGUCCGUAGAGUGCUACUGUCCUAAGAAAAACGAGUGGACCUACGUGGAACCACUAAAACGCAGAAUCUGGGGCCAUGCAGGAACUCCCUGUGGCGACAAGCUCUACAUCUCAGGGGGUUACGGUGUCUCAGUGGAUGAUAAGAAAACCCUGCACUGUUACGACCCCACGUCUGACCAAUGGGAUUUCAAAUCGCCUAUGAACGAGCCCAGAGUGCUUCAUGCUAUGAUCAGUGCCAAAGACCGUGUUUACUGCCUGGGCGGUCGCAUGGACCACGUGGAUCGCUGCUUUGACGUCCUGGCAGUUGAGUAUUAUAUUCCAGAGAAUGACCAGUGGACCACUGUUAGCCCCAUGCGAACAGGGCAAUCUGAGGCAGGCUGCUGCUUGUUGGAUAAAAAGAUCUAUAUCGUUGGAGGGUACAAUUGGCAUCUAAAUAAUGUCACAAGCAUUGUGCAAGUGUACAACACAGAGACUGAUGAGUGGGAGAGGGAUUUGCACUUUCCUGAGUCUUUUGCAGGAAUUGCGUGUACGCCGAUCAUACUUCCACAAACCACCACGCAACGGUAAUCCUUCGGCCCAAAGAGACCGCCAAUUUGAUUCCAUGCAUUCUUACUGUUGAGCUGUCAAAUUAAUACAAACAUGGCACAUUACAUAAACUAUUGAAAUAUUAGUGGUAAUUUUGAUCUAAUGUGGGUGGGUGUGUGUGUGUGUGUGUGUUUGAGGGAGUAAGUGGAAAUAGGAAUACUAUUUUGCAUCCUAUGGUUGAGGUCCAUGUGCUGCAUUGUAAUGAGCAGUUUUAAUGGAAAAUAAGUGUUAGCUUUCCGGGACAAACUUUUAGGGUAUUUUAAGCAACACUUAAAACACUACCCACAGUCAAAACCUAUUAACUGAUUUGCAGGAUAGUUUUUAAAUUUGUGCCAUGCAUCAAGGAAGCAUGUUUUGAUUAUUUGAGUAUAUUCAUUCAAAUAAUAAAAGAAAAUGUAAAAAAAAUGUUUUUACAACAUAUUGGUUGACAUAUUAGGACCAUUUGAGAACUAGUGAUUGACUUAAGAAGACGCUCCUAAUGUUUUAUGUUUAUUUCAGAACAUCUGUUUUUGCUGUGUAUGGUGAUGUGCUCAUUAGGCUGUUCAAUUGACUGGAGACGUUUACACACAGUCAUCAUAAUGAAAUGUGUAUUCCAAACUGACAAGCUAAUAUGUCUCUUAUGGCACCGUAAUCAUUUUUUCCAACUCCUUUGUGUAAGUGUGUGAGAACAUCUGUGUUUAGUGCUCCUUUGGUAGGUAUUAGGUAGGCUUCCUGAAUAUUCUGAAGUCUCUUAUACUGUGUAUAAUCAAUAUACUGUAGAUCAGAAUGAAGUGCUUUUGUCAUGUCCAUCUGUUGCAGUGUUUAGUUUGGGGGAAACUUGUCAAGUGGUCAGAUAUAUUUUGGUGCCACGUUCUUUCUCCAAGCUCCUACAUAAAAGGACCGCAUCAGUGUCAGCACUAUGGUAAUGAAUUUUACCUAGACAAGCGUACUUCUUUCACUUAUCCAGUCCUGACAGAACUGUGAAUCUCAAAGAGCUGGUCGCAAGGGGCUGAACUUCACGUAAGGGUCAAAGUAAAGGCAUAGAUGGACAGAACAGCACAGCACACAAGCAGUGAUAUGUGAUUUUCCCUAGUGUAUUUCUUAUUUUAGUACAGUGCAGAUGGUAGCAUUUUUGUUUUGAGGAGUAGCCUAUUUGUGAGGAUUUCAGUAUUGUAUGCAAAACUGAUAUGGCUUUUACUGAUUUUAGACUGUUGGCAAUGCUGAGACGAGCUGAAUUUUAUUUGGAAGCACAACAUGGCACUCGUUGAAAAAUGUUUGGUUCUGAAAAUGUCACCUGUUUGCCUUAGGAACAGGGUUUUUGUGAUGUUUUGUCUGUCCAACUCAGAAGCACAUAGUUAUCUAUUAAGUGCAUUAUAUUUGGAAUUCACUGUAAUCCAAUGAGAAUGUAGACUUUUCUGUAUCCAAAUGUAUAACUUUUAAUUAAAGGUGUUACGUGAGCUGAAAAAGGUA